UGAAGAGUGUGAGAGCUCCAAUAGUGCUUUUCAUCUGCUGAGCAUGCAAAAGCCUUUGGCAUCGUGCGUUAAUUCGUCUGCUGUAACCGCUGUCCGGCAUUCAAAUGAGAUAAUUGUGUUGGCAUUCUCGGCGUUUUGGCGUCGCGACGCUUCGCUGAAAAGUGCGAAUGUGCUGGACAAACUAACUGCCAGCCGGGAUGAUCUCAGUCGGGAGGCAACUAUCGUGGCUGAGCGCAUGUCCGGAAUUCUGCACUGGGUCUCUCACUCCUCCGCGAGUCGGCAGACAGAGCAGAUACGGAUUCUGUGCUGGGGAAGACGCAUCGUAGCGCUCCAGGAACAUUAGAGUGAUUGCCUGAGAGUGUGCCGAAGUGCCAGAGUGUUGUGACAAGACCUACAAUCUUCAGGUGAUCGGCCUCCCAGAAUUAACCUGUUCGCGGCAUCUUUUUUCCUUCACUUUCUUAUGACUCCCUCUGCGGUGUGAUUAUUGUGUGAAAAGUCGAUGUUUGUUUAAUGGUUCAGGUUUUUUUCGGUGUGCGGCGAGAAAUUUGCUAUUCGCAAACGAGUUUCGCAUCUUCAAGAAUUUGCCAUUCUUAUGCAGAUUCUCAGUGUUGGGGAUUAACUGAAUCAUUCACACACAGCGAGGAGUCUUCCUUGGCGGAAUUUAAUUAAAACACAUCCACAGGACGAUGAAAAGAUACGCCAUCGUGGACGUGAUUCGGCUGAUGAUGGUGUGAGGCUGGGGAUCCAGAGAGCUUCCGUCCACUGCAAAUCAGUGUUAAAUGCAAGGAGUGACUCCAGUGAGAGACACUCAUGAAUUUAAGAUGUUCGUGCGACACUGAGAAUCGAGUGAGGAAUAAUGUUUGGAUCCAAAAUUCGAUCAUGGAUGGAAAAUCACAUUGGACGACCGAAGAAGAAGGGAAAUAAGAACAAAAAUGGAAACAGUGGCAAUUUGGCUGCGACAAACACCCCAAAUGGACACACGAAGAAAAGCUCACACCAUCAGGCAGAUCCAAGCAUUGGCAGUCCAGCAAGACGACGAGAAGUCUCCCCAAUUCAGAACCAUGCAACAAGUCGUGUGGGCUGGCAAUCUCCACAGGAAGUAGCCAUGUCACCGCAUUCAGAUCAUUUUGGAUAUCGUCAGAUGGUCAAAUCGAGCUCAUCACCCAGAAAUAUGCCACGCAAAAGCGCCCCACCAUCGACAUACUCCAAGAGUGUGGACGAGAAGAGCAUGGGAAGAGUUGUGCCAUCACCUGUGCCGGCACCGUCGAAUCCCUUCUGCAAACACCGCACCAACGUGCCCGAGCUUGAGUCCAGGAGAUCCACAAUUGCCGCCAAUCUGUCCUUCGUCUCCUCCACGUCGCCCUUCGCCACCAUGUCCUUCUCCACCUCCUCGGCCUCAUCCGGGGCGUCGGCGAACGGAGAGGCGCCGGCUUUCCAUCGGAAGUCAAUUGAGCGCUUCAAGGGCCGCCUCACGGACAAGGAGAACGUCGGCAAGAGCACAGAUUUGGAGGUGUAUCCCAACGGUUGUUAUGCAAAUCCCGACGAGGAGGGUCGCUAUGGGAAGAUCCUGCCGCGGAGGAGUGACGACAUGCCGCUCGACAGGUACGACACGGCUAAUGCCAAUGUUCACCUUGAGACUUGUCUCAGGGGAGCCACGGUGAAGAGUCUCCCCAAGAAUGGGCCCUUCAGCGGCGCCAUGCUGAGCGCCGGAGGACUCAAGGGGACCAUCGUGGAGGUGAACAGGAACAUAUUGAGGAUGAAUCAGCAGAGGUGCAGCUCGAGCCUCAUGCCCACUCCGGCCAAUCACCUGGCGCACGUCAUAAAUAGCCUCUCCUCACCCGAAAGUGCCUACUCCACUGGCUACUCCACCGACGGCACAUCGCCAGGAGCCUCCUAUACGCCAGAGUACUACAUCAAUAUGCGAACGGGAACCCACUACUUCCCCAAAGGGGCCAAUGGCAUGCUGAUCGAGUCCAAUCGAUAUAAAUACAGCGGUCUCAACAAGAUUGAUGAAGGCGGCGGCAAUAGCAGCGGAUGCGAGUCAGUGGUGGGCAAUCAUCGUCGCACUGAGAGUUGCCAUCUGGACAGAAGUGCUCCUGCGGUCAGUCGCUCUGUUGGCAAUCAGACUAAUUAUCUCCUCCGCAACAGUCUCCCAGCUGCUCCUAUUCUCUCUGGCACCAGUCCAAUUCCACUGCAGAAGAACCUCACGGUGCAUGGGAUUGAAUCUCCAUCGCCUCGUCAGCGUUGCCGGAUAAGGACAAAUCCCUGGUUUUCCACUGCAUGCCAACUCGAGACUGCUGCCAAUGUGCACACUUCAAACUUUCUCAAUCAUCGCAUCGAUCGAGAUAAUAGUUCCACAUCAUCCGGUGUCAAAUCCAGCGCCAGCGAUGUUGGAACUGAUGAAAAGUCCGACAAGAACAAGAAUCCAAUUGACUCAUCUGAGAGCGACUCGAGUUCCUCCACGGAGAUUGAGGUGAGUCGGAAGACCUUCUCGCCAAAUACCAUCCGCCGGAGGCGGGCUGAGCUGGCGAGGUGUGACGCCAAUGGCGUGAGGAGUGUCUCCACCCAGAAUGGCGGCGGUGAGAGUGAUGAAGAUGCCACCCUCAAUGAGAUGAUGGGGAAAUUCGACGAGAGCUACGUGUACGAGAAGGAAACAGACAUUCUCAGUGAUUCUGAUCCAACGGACUGCUGUGCAUCGGACUUGGACACUGGUCAGGAUGCUGGCGAUGAGUGUGAUACAGAUGAAUUGCUCGAGAUUGACUUCAUCGACACGGGUUCAAUUCAGGAGAUUGCAGACAAGGAUCAGGCGCGCAACACAGGAAGUUGCUCAUAUCACUCGUUCCAGCAGGAGAAGAGGAGCUCCAAAGUGCGACGCAGUCACAAGCAUCUCGACGACAGCACGUCCAAGCGGCGGAAGCGCUUCGUGAGGACGCGGAAGAAGAGCACGGAUCGCAACCACAGUCACAGCUCGAGUCUCAAGUCGGCGCCCAUCAUAGCGCCAAGGGGUUGCCGGAGUGUGGGUGGAACGCCAGUGUGUCUCCGACGAAAUCAAUCGGAAGAGAGGAAAGCACGGGAAAUUUCUCCGCUCUCCAAUCGAUCGAAUUCCUUAACUUUCACGGAAAUCCAUUCAGUCAGGAGUCGCUUCCUGACCAUUGCUGAGAGCGAGAAGGCACUGAUCAAGGCGGAUUUGGAGGCGGACGUGAAGUACAAGCAAUUGAUCCACGAGGCGGAAACUAUCUUAGUAUCCAUGAAGAGCAAUGGACUUCGAGAGACACCAACUCCGAGUCCCUCGAGGCGAAUCUGCAAUCCGCCGCCGAACAAGAGAGUGGAGAUGUUGAGGAAUUGCGAGGCGGACAUCAAGAGAGAGACAGUGAAGAGCAACUGUCUGGAGAAUCAAGUGGAAAAUAUUGUGGUUAACAAGAGACUGGAGAUUUUACGCUAUGAGACAGCUUCGGCCCCGAAUAGUCCGAAAUCGUGCAGAUUCUCGCCCAGGAAGACGCACAUUACGAAUUUUAUUCAGCAAAAUGUGUCGCCAACUGAGAUAUUGAGGCGUAAGAAUCUUCCAGAGCCGACUGAAGUUAAGCAACCGCCUAAGAUUACUGCGAAGCAGAUUUUUAGUCCGCCAAGAUCUCCAACUCCUGUCCGACGGCGGAUGAGAUCAGCCCAGAUGAACAGGGUGUCCAUCGACUCAGACUCUGACACUGAUGACAAUUCCACGAGGAAGGAGAUGAACGGGAAUUGCGAAGGUGUUGCGAAGAAGGGGAUUAAAAGUAAGCUGGAUCACGUGAAUAAGAACGUGAUGGUGAAUGGCAGAGAAAAGCCUCCACUCAUGUCGUUCAGAUCUGUGGACAUUGGCCAUCGGAAUGAGAUUGCCUACUGUCCUCAGAGUGAACCGCUCAAGAGGAAGAUUUACACUGGGAGUGCUUCUUACGACAAGAUCCAGAAGAGUCUCGACAUGGAGUCCGAAAUCCCCAAGAAAGCCCUUUUGCAUAAAAUCUCGCUGCUCCGGAAGGAGCGCCAGGGAGUGACAGCAGCGCCCCCAGAGACCAUCCCAGAAGCCAAAGCCAAAGUGAUAGAUCCGGAAGAGGAGAAGUCCGAUGCGGACAACAGUCAGAAGCGACAGCUAAUCUUGCACACGAUUGAGAAUCUGAAGAGGAGCCUCGAGGAUCAGAGCAUAGAGUUGUGUGGUCUCAAUGAUCCCGAGGAGAAGGUCCUCCUUUAACCCUUCCCAACCCCCUGAAAACAUGGUAAAUUUUCCAUCCUCUUUGAAUGAGUAUUGAAUGUUAUGUCGAAACUGAUAAAGAGCUCUUUUAGUUGAAUUGAACUCCGUUAGAAAAAUUGUUUAUUGUUGAUUUUUUGAUAAAAAUUUGUGCAAAAACUUCAACUUUUGUAAUGGAAAAUAAUUGUGGAGUUUCUCAGGAGAAACAAAUUCCAAGCAUUCAAAACUUUUUAAUAUAAAGAAAAAACUUCUCCUAGAGAUGACUUCUGCUAAAAUAUCGAUUUAAGAAUAUACUUUCUAAUCACUACUAAAUUUACUGUAGUUCUCUAAUCUAGAAGGUGGUUUAAGGAAAGCAAGUAAACAUUCUAGUCUAUAGUGGUCUUUAGUCAGAUGCAUUCUUUUGAUAAUGGAGAAAAUCUUAGGCAAAAAAAAAACAAUCUCUCAUCAAUAGUUAUUAGGAAAAGAGAGUUAAAUUAACCCCAAAUUUGUAUACUUUAUGCAAGAGAAGAAAGGAAAAACAGAAAAUAAUUUACUUAAUUACCUUAAACAAGUAGACAUUUCCAUCCACUAGAACUGUAGUCCAAUAACAACUAGAUUAGUCCUUAGAGAUCAUGAAUGAAAAAAAGAUUUAGCCAAAGUCGGACAAACCCUAAUCAACAAUAACUUGUUUGAUUGAUUGUGGAUUUUACUCAUUUUCACCUAAAUCGUAGCCUGGUAGUUUUGUUCUGUCUUAUCCCCUUUAGUUUAACCAUCCGAAAUAGCGCAAAUUUAUUUCUUGCAGACAUAUCAUGUUGAAUCUUAUGACUAAAUCACCCACCAAGCCACUCUACUAAUUUACGCAACACACUACGGGUUCAGCGAGCUUAAAUGAAUAACCACAAAACACUAUAAUUGCACACUCUUGUGAUAAUUUCCAUUCCACCUCAGCAAAUUCUUUCCUCACUAAAGUGCUACUCUCAAUCAAACAACAUAAAACUUAACUAAACAUAACUAAGAAUACCUAGAAUUGAAGAGGCGUCAGCAGAAGGAGAUUUAGUCACAUGGAGACGCGCAGUAAGAUAAUUCUAAUAAAUCCUGGCUCAAAACCACUUCGCAUAAAUACAAUAAUGUUGGAUGAUAACAAUAAAUGAUAAUAGUUUGACGGAUGAUCCUAAAUAUGCAAAGCAAAGUAUAUUUUGCUAAGUAUACAAGAACUAAUUACUGAAAUACAGUCGUGCAUAGAAUUUUUUGGGAGAUAAAUGCAUAAACAAUAACUAAUUAAAAUGAUGUAAUUGUAAUUUUUCUAUUACGGGACUCUUUUGUAGUUAUUUGGCCUACAAUAAAUUGAAUAAAAAUGCAAA